UUGAACAUCAAGACAACCAUCGGUUUCAUUCAUGGAUUCAAGGACCAAGCGAAAAAAGUGACAACCUUCUACAACUAUUCAACCACAAUGCUCCAUUGACUACCUCAUAUCAAACACAAACAUCCCAAAAUGCUGAGCAAAGGACCACCAAUGAAACCAUCCAGCUGAAAAAUCAAUGUACGCCAUGGAGGAAAAUUUCACCAUCACCAACAACCUCACCACCAUGUGGCCGAUAGCCGACAACUCCUCAGAAACUCCACCGGUUCCCAGCUACAUCAACAUAACCAUGGAAGUGCCCAUCGCUUAUGCGGUACCCUUGUACGGCUACAUAAUGCCCUUUUUGCUGGUAGUGACCAUGGUGGCCAACACUCUGAUAGUCGUGGUGCUCAGCAAGAGGCACAUGAGGACACCUACGAAUGUGGUUCUCAUGGCCAUGGCCAUCUGCGAUAUGUUCACGCUGUUGGUACCGGCGCCUUGGUUCAUCUACAUGUACACCUUUGGGAACCACUACAAGCCGCUGUGGCCGAUCAGCGUGUGCUAUUCUUGGGAUAUGAUGCAAGAGAUCAUUCCCAACAUGUUCCACACGUCGAGCAUCUGGCUGACCUUGGCCUUGGCCGUCCAGCGGUACAUCUACGUGUGCCAUGCACCGCUCGCCAGGAAAUUCUGCACCCUGCCCAACGUGUACAAGUGUCUGGGCAACAUACUCUUUUUCGCGUUCCUGCACCAGGGAUUCCGGUUUUUCGACACCGAAUACCGAACGGUCUACGUCUCCUGGCACAACACAACAGUCCCAGUGUGUACCAAGUCUGUGGCCUUUUGGGUUAAGGAGUACAUCACCGAAGAUGGUUAUUACCUCACCUAUUAUUUGUUCAGGGUACUAUUCGUCCAUUUCUUCCCAUGCCUAGCUCUAGUCGUCUUGAACCUGCUCUUGUUCCGAGCCCUGAAACAAGCCCAGAAACGUCGGGAUAUUCUCCUAUCUUCCAAAAAGAGCCAAAAGACAGAAUGCAAGAAGCUGAGAGACUCGAAUUGCACGACGCUCAUGCUCAUUGUAGUCGUCACGGUGUUUCUCAUAGUAGAAAUACCGCUUGUGGUCGUCACUAGUUUACAUAUAAUCUCCAGCACUUGCUUCGAGUUCCUCAAUUACGACGUGGCGAACUUGUUGAUCCUCUUCACCAAUUUUUUCAUCAUUUUGAGUUAUCCUAUUAACUUCGCCAUUUACUGCGGUAUGUCCAGACAGUUCAGGGAAACCUUCAAAGAUCUCUUUAUCAAAGCUGGGACUAACGCUAGAAACGGUUCAUCCAGAUACUCCAUAGUGAAUGGGCCUAGAACUUGUACCAACGAAACGGUUUUAUGAAUCAGCAACGGAAACUCAAAUGAAUAAAUAUGACGCUUAAAAAAAGGACUUGAAUGUUAUUUUGUAUACUGUAGGUAUAAUUUCAUUUAUUUGUACAGGGUGUUUCGUUAGGAGUUCCAAAUGAACCCAUAUUUCAUGGUCUAUAUCGCUUUUUGUAAAUAUUAUACAGGGUUUGUCACUUAAAACUCCGCACGCCAUUAUCUCGAAAACGAAUAGAAAUAUUUGAUUUCUGUACAAUGUAGUCAAUGGAUGGGGUCAAGUAGAUUUUUUUCAGAGUUAAAAAAAAUACGCCUACUAAGAGCUGAGCGUCGCG